AUGGCGUCAUGUAUCAGCCCAUCGAACGACCGAAGACUCAGGAGUAGAAGCACGAAGGCAUGGUUGCUCGAAUCCCCAAAGCCCGACCUCGGCUUUGCACUUGACAAUGCCUUGUCCAGUGCAAGGGUGAGAGGCAGACGAACGACUCGCGCACCCUUUGAGUUCACGACGGAGGACAGCUUGUUGAUCGACACAUCACUGGGACUUUCCAAAGCCCAUGGCAAGAACGCUGCGAAGGAGAAAAGCAAGGCAAAACCCUCGAUCAUGACGUCGUUACCGCUCAAGGAGGUAGCUGUCAACCAGUCUGAUCCUGCCUUGGAUGAGAUGACAGAACAGGAGCUCGAAAGACUAGCUUGGCAGGAGAUGUCACGGGAGGAAAAGAGGUCAAAAGUAUCUAAACCUCAUCCCCCGGAACCAAUGAUGUCUGCACCGCCAAAAUCUCCGUCCAAGAUCCCGCGCUUGAACCAGAGUGUUGCAGGAUCAGCGAAGGAGCCCACGGUUCACCCUAUGGACGGCUCCUCUGCUCCUUUCAUUAGCAUCGGCUCUUCCAUCGCUGCGGCAGCGGAGAGCAGGGAGGCGAGGAGGCGAAGGCUUGGCUUGGCUCCGCUCCUUCCAAUACAUGCUGCAGCCGCAGAUCCGGGACUGCAGCCUAUAGAGAGCAAAGAGAUCAUAGGUUCGUCUAUUCAAAGAGCAGAGAUGAGUAGCAAAAACCGGAAAUCUAGCCAUCAACCUAACGAUGGUGCAGGUCGAGCACAAAGCGGAAGUGGAGAGAAGCAACGUAGGGCAGCGGACAAACACCAACUUGUGCCAGAUCUAGACGAGUCGCAUCCAGAAAAAGUGUCAGAAUCGGACCUUCGACCCAGUGCCAGCGCAGAAGGACUGCAUCUCACCGCUGCUCAAGAGCCAAUUUCCAUGUCUCCCAUUUUAACAGCACAUUUUUCAUUACCCCGGUCGGUCUCGCCCCAUCGCAAAGGUCGGCGUAAUCCUUCUCCAAAGCGGGAGACGUACGAGGAAUUGCAGUCAUCGAAAGCAAUUUCACCUCCUCGGAAGAAGGUGACUCAUUCAAAUCUGCAAGAGCAGGCACUGGAGCAGAUGGCCGUCAGUGCGCCGCGCCGGAGCGCUCGUAUCUCUAGCGCCCACGUACCGUCUUCGCCGGGUAAGGCUCAAAGGGGAACCAAAGCCCGGAUAGCACCGGUAUCGCCGGUACCGAUCGAAGGCAUUUCGUUUCCCAAUGAAUUUACGUUUGCUUCUGCGCCUAAGCGUGUCCAGCAGGUUGCACACAUUGAAGCAGCCAAGGUUACGCCCGCAACCACGGCUAAGGAGGACACAGUGAGCAAUGCUGUCUCUUCUACUCGCACUAAAAGCAAGCUACGUCGGAAGUCGUUAGAGGCCAAGGUGGUAAAUGACAAGCGCAAGGCGAUCAAGAUGGCCUCUGCUAUCGGCAAAGGUCUUGCGGCUGGCCCAACAUGCCAAGCACCGGAUGCUGCACCAGCUGGCUUCCGUCUCAGCUCCACCGGUCACCUCGUUCCCGCUGUGGCUCCACGGACAUUCUCGUUCGACGCGGGUAGCUCUUUAAUAUCAGCCACCGCAGGCUCAUCCACAACGAUUGUAACAACGAAUGGCAUGACGGCGCGCCAACGCGCGAUGCUUGAUGCACAGCGCGCCAAGGACGCCAGCGCGGCAACAAAAGAGGCAGAACUGCAGAGGCGCUCGCGGUACAAGGCCAAUGAUGUGCCUUUGUGGAUCCGAAAGCGAAAAGAGCAGCUGCAGGCCGAGGGGGAGGCGCGACUGCAACGUGAAAUCGAGAGUGUGCGGCGCGCAGAACUGGGCGAGGGCAAGAAAUCUGGGCCUGGGAAGCAACACGAUCGUCAUCGGCAGCAAGCAGCGCGCAAGGCGAGUCUUGAGGACGCUAAGCCUUUUGUCUCGAGCAUCGAUGCGCGCCUCGCAGAAAGGGCGGAGUGGGAGCGGAAGCGCAAGGCGAACGAGGACGCACUUGAGGCUGCUCGCCAAGUUGCACGCGCUGAGAAACUCAAGAGGGAGGAGGAAGAGUACCAGGAAGCGCGGAGGAGGGCGGUGCCAAAGGCGAAUCCAGUGCCGGAGUGGCUGUACGGUGGGAGAGUCCCCACGGAAGGAGUUGGGACGGCAUCCGCUGCAGGGAAAGGCAAAGUGGCUGCCAAGCGGGAAUCACAUCGCUCAUAG